AUGAAGUCUUGGUCUCCCGAUGAAGAAAUAGACGCGAACGGGUUCGAUGAUCUUAACAAACCGUUGUUACUGACUCAAGAAGAUGAUACACCUCGACGACAUGGUGUACUUACGCCUCAAAUAAAUGAUAUCAAGAGUUUUGAUUCUAAAAUUAAGAGAAGCCUCAAGUCCAUCAUGGUUUCACCACUUGGCGCAAAUUCCAUUAAUGCAAAUGAGAUAGAAGAAACUAGAAUUGAAGUAAAUGAGGUGACGGAGAAAGAAAUAUCAGAAUGCCGAAUCAAGAUUAAGGGAAUGACGUGCACGAGCUGUUCUCGAUCUGUAGAGCAUGCCUUGCAAAUGGUUGAUGGAGUGAAAAAGGCCAUAGUUGGUCUAGCCUUAGGUGAAGCAAAAGUAGUCUUUGAUCCUAAAGUCAUAGAUACCAACAAGAUAAUUGAAGCCGUAGAAGAUGCUGGUUUUGGAGCAGAACUCGUUAGUUCGAGGAAUGAUAUGAACAAAGUGCAUCUAAAACUUGAAGGGAUAGAUUCAGUAGAAGAUUUAAAUGUUAUAGUUUCUUCUCUUAAUUUAGCUUCCGGUGUGAAUCGUGUUGAAGUGGAUUUAACGGAACAUAAAGUUACAGUUAGCUAUGAUUCAGAUAUUACAGGUCCAAGAUUUCUUAUACAGUGUGUUCAUGAAGCUAGUAGUGGUCACAGUGUGUAUCAAGCAACUUUGCAUACUAAUUCCGGAAGUAGAGAAAGAGAGAAGUUGAAUGAAAUUCGUAUGUACAGAAACCAAUUUUUGUUAAGCUGCUUAUUUUCUGUUCCCGUGUUUAUGUUUUCCAUGCUUCUUCCCAUGCUUCCUCCGUAUGGUGACUGGUUAAACUAUAAGAUUCAUAAUAUGUUCACUCUUGGGUUGUUUUUGAGAUGGAUCCUUAGCACUCCUGUUCAGUUCAUUAUUGGCAAAAGGUUCUAUUUAGGGUCAUAUCAUUCACUAAGGAGAUGGUCUGCAAACAUGGAUGUGCUGGUAGCACUUGGAACUAAUGCUGCUUAUUUCUACUCAGUAUAUGUUGUAGUUAAAACACUAACUUCGGCUACAUUUCAAGGACAAGAUUUCUUUGAGACCAGUUCUAUGCUGAUAUCAUUUAUUCUAUUAGGCAAAUAUUUGGAGAUUAUGGCGAAAGGGAAAACAUCGGCCGCUUUAGAAAAGCUUAUACAACUUGUUCCUGAUAAAGCUUAUUUGCUAGAUUUUGAUGCUAAUGGAAAUGUGGUUGGAGAGACAGAAAUUGACACUGAACUUAUACAAAAGAAUGACAUGAUCAAGAUUGUUCCCGGUGCUAAAAUUCCAGCUGAUGGUGUUGUUAUAAAAGGGAAAAGUUGUGUGAAUGAAAGUAUGAUCACAGGUGAAUCAAGACCUGUUAAUAAAAUUCCAGGAGAUAAGGUUAUCAGUGGGACCAUCAAUGAGAGUGGUUGUUUACUGAUCAAGGCAACUCAUGUUGGAUCUGAGACCACACUUUCUCAAAUAGUUCAACUUGUAGAAGCUGCUCAACUUGCAAGAGCACCAGUUCAGAAACUUGCAGAUGAUAUUUCAAGGGUUUUCGUUCCAAUAGUUGUUGUUGCAGCCUUCAUAACUUGGCUUGGAUGGUUUAUUCCUGGAGAAGCAGGUUUAUACCCGAAAAAUUGGAUCCCGAAGGCUAUGGAUGCAUUUGAAUUUGCUUUGCAGUUUGCUAUUUCUGUACUAGUUGUUGCUUGUCCAUGUGCUCUUGGUCUAGCUACACCAACCGCAAUCAUGGUGGCUUCAGGUGUUGGUGCUUCUCAAGGUGUUCUCAUCAAAGGUGGAGAUGCAGUGGAAAAAGCACACAAGGUGAAAAUUGUUGUGUUUGAUAAGACUGGGACAUUGACAAUUGGGAAGCCAGUAGUGGUUAGAGCAAUGCUGUUUUCUAAAUUUUCUAUGGAGGAGUUAUGUGACAUGACAAUUGCUGUGGAGGCAAAUAGUGAACAUCCAAUAGCAAAAGCUGUUGUGGCGUAUACAAAGAGACUGCGCAUGAGUUUUGGAUCCUCUAGCAAAGAUCAAGUAGAAGAUGUGAAUGACUUUGAAGUACACAUGGGAAGUGGAGUAAGUGGAAAAGUUAAGGAAAAAACAGUUCUACUUGGAAACAAGAGACUCAUGCAUGCUUUUAAUGUACCAAUGAGUCCCAUGGUGGAGACGUUCGUAUCCGAGAAUGAAACUUUUGCAAGAACAUGUGUAUUAGUUUCAAUUGAAGGAAAAAUUGCUGGAGCAUUCUCAGUAACUGAUCCUGUAAAGCCGGAGGCAAAGAGUGUCGUAUCGUUUCUUCACUCCAUGGACAUCUCAGCCAUCAUAGUCACAGGUGAUAAUUGGGCUACUGCAAAUGCAAUUGCAAAUGAAGUUGGUAUUAGAGAGGUUUUUGCUGAGAUAGAUCCUCUUGGAAAAGUCGAUAUAGUCAAAGACUUGCAGAUGAAAGGAAUGGUAGUAGCAAUGGUAGGCGAUGGAAUAAACGACUCACCAGCUUUAGCAGCUGCUGAUGUUGGUAUGGCAAUUGGUGCUGGAACAGACAUAGCAAUAGAAGCAGCUGAUGUAGUUCUUGUCAAAAGCAACCUAGAAGAUGUGAUUACAGCAAUAGAUUUGUCAAGAAAAACCAUAUCUCGUAUCUGGCUCAACUAUAUAUGGGCUUUUGGUUACAACAUUCUUGGUAUGCCAAUUGCGGCGGGUGUUUUGUACCCUUUUUUUGGAAUCAGGUUGCCUCCAUGGCUUGCUGGUGCUUGCAUGGCUGCUUCAUCACUUAGUGUAGUUUCUUCAUCACUCUUGUUGAUGCUUUAUAAAAAGCCUUUGAAGAUGGAUUAUGGUUUGUCUAAUGUUUAA